GUUCAAGUCAAAGCCAGGAAUAGGGAAAUUGCAAAUGAAAACACCCGCCUUUCAAAAGACCUGAGAGAAGUUAAGAAAGAACUGGUCGACUUGCAGCAGCACAGUCGUAAAAACAAUUUGGAGGUGAAAGGCAUUCCUGUGGCUCCAGAUGAAAACCUUGCCUCAACCAUGAAAACUAUUGCUGUCUGCGUCGGAUCUGAAAUCCAGGAUUCAGACAUAGAAGUAAUUCACCGUGUUCCUACAAAAGAUAAGGCAAAGCAAAAUAUUGUAGUUAGGUUUGUGUCCCGUAAGGUCAGAGACAGGGUUCUGAAAGCAGCUAAAAAGCACAGAAUAAACACAUCUGCUCUCGGCUUUAAGGAUAACUCGCCAAUUUUUAUUAAUGAACACUUGUGUCCAGCUAACAAGGUACUGUUGGGCAAAGCGCUGAGUGCAAAGAGAGAUCAUAACUGGAAAUUCACCUGGGUGUCUGAUGGGAAGAUCCUCAUGCGCAAAACAGAAAAUUCGCGUGUGCUGCAUGUAACGUGCGCAGAGGAUCUUACUCAGGUGCAGUAA